AUGUCAAUGACAAUGUCUAGGACCGUUGUGCGCAGCGCAGCCAAGCUGCCCCUGCGCCGAGCUCCCGCCCGGUUCGAAUCCACAGCCAGCAAGGCCACCGAAGCUGCAAAGGACACGGCAGCAAAGGCAUCAGAUACCGCUGCACAGUACAAGAUUAAGGCAUCAGAAGGUCUCUCGCGUGUGUCAUCUGCGGCUGGCCCGGCUAUCUCUGGUGCGGCCCAGAAGCUGUCGGGUGCGUUGGGUAAGAUUGGUGGACGUACCGGACGGCUUAUUGCGUUUGUUGAGCGACAAAUCCCCCCUACGAUUUACUAUGCGCGAGUUGGAAUGGAACUCGGAAAACUUGUGUUCAAGGGACAGAAGAUGACUCCUCCACCCGUUUCUACGUUCCAAGCCUACUUCCAGCGUCUCGUCAAGUCUGCACGAAACCCGGAUUCCCUUUUCUCUUCCAAGAGCGCCACUGGCGAAACAAUCAGCCUCCUCACCCGCGUUCGCAACAUGUCCAGCGCGCAGUACGCUGCUGGAGCUGUUGUCACCGCCGAGGUAUUGGGAUUCUUCACCGUUGGCGAGAUUAUCGGAAGGGGAAAGAUUGUCGGGUACCGAGGCGAUACCGGUUCCCACCACUGA